AUAUCGAUGAUAAACUCCGUCCAGCUUCUACGUCACUGACCGACCGUGAGACCAUGAACGAGUGCACCUAAUGUCAUAUUCGUCGUCAUCGUCAUUAUUACAACUUAUUGUGAUGAAAAUCUCCAAGCAGCUACAGCACCAAAUAAGCUCAUGAGCUAGCAUUACCCGUAGGCUGACGAGCGGUGUCGUUUUCAGUUGACGUCUUCUCGACAAGGCCUGCUCGUUUGAUUGGUAAACAACCGAGGGCUAACCUGCGAUGCUAAGCUAAUUUGCUAACUGCCCCUGCUAUCUAGCUAGCUGUUUACUGAGAGAUUACCGGGGGCAGAGCCUAGUGAAAAUGGUGGACAAUAAAGGAUUAUUUUCAUACUUGUCAGACGACGUAUUUCUGACGGACGGCCAACGACUUUAACAUCUUAAACAACAAAUUACACGGACGCGACGCACUCGAAGCAUAAGCGCUCGGGUACUAAUGUAUACAGGCAACAUUUGAAGGAGAAAUCAUCUGGCAAGGUGCUAUCAGCCGCUUCAUCGACCUAUAAAAGGUGGUUAAAAACUGCUUCUUGCUGCUCCUGUAUUUCAUAGUAUUGUUUAUGCUGGCGCGGUUUUUCGAGGCUGUAGUUUGGUAUGAAACAGGUGUGUUUGCUACUCAGCUGGUUGACCCAGUCACUCUGAGCUACAAGAAGCUAAAGACCAUCCUUGAGUGCCGAGGGCUGGCAUACACAGGGCUGGCCGAGAAGAAAGAUGUCAGCCAGCUAGUAGAGAAAUCAGGAGAAUUGACACAUGGGGAGCUAUAUUCAGCCAUAAAGCCGAGAGGAGAGAGAGCAGACAGAAGGAGACAUCCAGCACAACUUCCUUCAGUGGAGAGAGUGCACUUCUAUGAGCUAGUGGAGGACACCAAAGAUGGGAUAUGGCUUGUUCAGGUCAUUGCACGGGACCGGGAGGCUCUGCUCAGUCAUUCUAACUGGGGGAAAAUGGUCCAGAAAGUGUCUCAGUUUGGCAUUAGAACUGGAACCUUCAACUGCUCCAACGACUAUAGGUUGUGUGUUAAGCGUGGCUGGCAGCGUUCUACUCUCAUCAUGUCUGUUCCUCAGACUUCGGCCUCCAAGGGAAAAGUCAUGCUGAAGGAAUAUGAUGGCCACCGCAUCGAAAUUGAACACAUCUUUCGUUGGAUGACAUCACAUGUGGCACAGCGAAUUAAAACCUUGCGUCAUUCCAACCAGCUUGUAGAGGAGUGGUGCUCUGACCAUGCCCACCCAGUGAAAAUGUAUCUAUUUGCCUGUCUGUCGCAGCCUCCUGCCUUCUUCUCCUCACUGUCUGUCAAAUUCACUGGGCGAAUUGAGUUUAUCUUUGUGGAUGUGCGUCACUGGAGCAACCACACCAGCCUAUCAGAGAUUGGUGUAUCACACAACCCCGCCUACAUCCUUAAAACGCCAGAGGGGAUCUAUCACUAUGGCAACAGUAAUGGGGAGUUCCUGUCCCUGGCUGCCAUGGAUACUUUCUUGCGUUCGGUCCAACCGGAGGUCAAUGAUCUGUUUGUCCUCAGUCUUGUUUUGGUCAACCUGCUGUCAUGGAUGGAUCUCUUUAUUACACAAGGAGCAACGGUGAAACGGUUUGUAGUCCUGAUCCGAACACUGGGAACCUACAACUCCUUACUGCUGGUCUCCUGGCUUCCUGUUCUUGCCCUGCUCCAGCUGCCCUACCUGGAAAGUCUGUAUGGCUACAGUCUGAAGCUGCUGCGUUAUGCUGACACCACAUCACUGGCCAGCCUGGUGAGAGCCGACUGGACCUUCUACUCCUCACACCCGGCUCUCUUCCUAUCCACUUACCUGGCCUAUGGCCUGCUAGUUGAUUACUUUGAGAAGAAACGUCGCUGCGCUGCCAGAAGCCAGGAGGACAGCACCACAAAUCUGGAAUGGUUGGCCAGUCUGUGGGAUUGGUACACUUCGUACUUGCUCCAUCCAAUCACGUCACUGCAUCAGGUCCCAGCUGACCAGUCGGAUUGGGAAGAUGAUCCUAACUUCCUACUUGAGCGUUUGACUUUUCCUGACCUGUGGUUGCACCCAUUAGUGAAUAUGGACUAUAUCAAAGGCCUACCAACCUGGAGGUUCAAAGCUGGCAAUCAACAGAGAGAGGAAGAGUCAGGAGCAGAGAUGGAUAGAGACAUGGAUUUAUCAGAUUCAGACACAAAAGGUAGUCAUUCAGACUCUGAUUUCUACCCUUUGUUCCAAAGCAGGCUGUCAAAGAGCAAUAGAAGACAGAACAUUUCACCAGAACACAGCCAGUGUGGUGUGGACAAUGUUACACAGCUCUCUGUCUCCAGCGAUGUGGGAACACAAGAUAACAAACACCACCUCAGUACCAACUGUCUCUGUGGUUGUGAUGCUACUUCAACAUCCCACUGCCAUCAUUAUAUAAACAAGAGGUCUUCAUCACCAGUAAGGAUGCUGAAGGAUGAUGAGCAGAGAUCUGAGCCUCUCUGUUGUGAUCAGCUGUGUGAUUGGUCAGUGUGGCCUCUUGGCAUGCUGUAUUGCUCAGAGUGUGUGGUUUGUCUGGAGGACUUUAUUAGUGAAGAGCUAUUGAUGGGAAUGCCUUGUGGCCAUGCCUUCCACCAGCAAUGUAUUGUGGUCUGGCUGGCAGCAGGCAGACAUUGCUGCCCAGUGUGUCGCUGGCCGAGCUAUAAGAAGAAACACCGAAACCAUACCCAGACUGGCCCAAUGGAAAACACACAACAGGACUGACCUGUUUUCUCAUGUCUUUAUUUGACUGAUCCCAUACCUAAUUCCUUGUCUCCCCUCUUCUUAAUAUAUGGGAAUUCUUACAGGGGAUCACCGGCACCAAGAAGUUUGACACUUAUCAUUUACUGUUAAAGUGAUGUUUUGACAUUAUGAAUUUCAUGUUGCUGAUUUUCAUGCCACAUUUGCCACAUUAAUACAAAUGUUUCAGCAUUUGUUUAAAGCCAACCCCCUAAAAGUGUUUGCUGGAAAUUUUAGCAUUCCUCUUUAAAAGAUGAAUGAAUGCGGCAAGCUAGCUAGUCUGCUAGUUGUCUUGAUGAGGAAUGCUACCAGAUUUAAUUUUAAUAAGGUCUAGUGGAAAUAUCAAUCCACUAAAUCCAAGGCGGUGUUAAACCUGUCAUACCUGCGUCUACUAGCAACAAACUCUGACUUGUGCCUGGUGAAGAAAAAUCAGACUACAAUUUCUAAUGUUAGUGUAUCUCUGCAAGUGAAGUUGGUAGACUUAAGUGGACCACAAGGGCCAGGUCCCUUUUCCUUUAUGCAGAUGUCAAAGUAGAGAAAAUGGAAAGCAAAGGAGAGAUCAAACAUAUGGGAGCAAAAAGAUAGUUGGAAAUAAAAAAGGAAUAAUUAGAAGUGAUAGCAUGGAGAUGUAAGGUUUCUCCAAUACUCAACCUGCCUUUCACCUAUGUAAACACACAGAGCCAGACAGGUGAUAUAAGUUGUUCAUGGAAGGACAACUCACAUAUUAAUGCUAUUUACCAUCACAGCACAGUGAAUCCAUUUGUCUUUUGUUUAUGAAGAGACCAUGUAAAUGUUUUUGCAUUGUUAAUUUCCCUUUUGUCACAUUUUUGAUGAAAUUCCCAGGACCCAAUAUGCUACUGGACUGUUUCUAGUAUUGUCUCAACAAAAUGUAAUACAUUUCUCCUUCACUUUGUAAUAACACCCACAUAUCAUAAUAACUUACCAUAUUUUGAAAUAAAAACCUUGGACACAA